UGCGUCGAGCGAUAAUCGCUGUUUGUCUCCGGAUCCCGAUAGGUCUUUUGUCGAAUAUUUCACUCAAUCGUGGUGUCGUCAACGUGAAAUGUCCUGGAACAUCUUCCAAUCGCAAGGAUUAUGGUUGCCAACCAUCCCGAUACCGUCGCCGGUGCGUCCUGCUUUGCUCACGUUUUCGUUACUAACCAAUGGUCUAUGCAGUCUACUGCUGAUGAUGGCGCCUAUGCUAACAUUGUUCUCCGGGAGCUGGAAAAUUCAAUGCAAUCGAGACCAUCCGACUGGAUUACCACCAUCAGACUCGCCCUUCACUAUUUCAUGCGUCGCGACUCAGGCAUCAUGGAGGGCUUACUGCGACGUUUUGCUGAAAGUGACGUUGUCGAGCUCGGUGAAUAUGGAAGUCCCCUCCUCCACUUGGCUGUUCGCGUGGACGCUGUCGAUGUCAUGCACGCGCUCCUCAGCAAGGGAGCCGAUGUUCAUGCCGCUGACAUCAUAGAGGAUGAGACGCCCUUACAUGUAGUUCGCUCCGCCGAAGCUGCACGAGCAUUAAUCGAGUUCGGAGCGAACGUAAAUGCGUUGAAGCGUUCUACGCCUCUUCAUUCAUGUAUAUCUGCAGACAUAGCUGAAGCUUUGCUACAAAACGGCGCCGAUGUCAAUGCUCCCGACCGCUACCACCAUUCUCCAGCUCUCCAUACUGCCCGAUCCGCCGACAUCGUUCGGGUUCUCCUCAAGUACGGUGCAGAUCCGUUGAGUAAGGAUAGAUUUGGAGAUACAGCACUGCACCGCGCCGUUUCUGACAAGGUGGCCCAGUGUCUAAUGGAGAUAUGUCCUGAACUAGUCUUUGUCAAAGGCCAGCUUGAUGGGACACCCCUUUAUCGUCGUGUAGCGGAUUGGUCCGCGGAGACCGUACGAAUGGCGAUUCGUCUGGGUGCAGAUGUAGAUGCGCCCAGCUCGUAUGGAGACACUGCUCUCCUCAGGUCGCAUGAGUUUACAGGUGCUCUGUCUGACGUCGAAGUCGUACGUACCCUCAUCGAAGCAGGAGCCAAAGUACCGAUACCCAAAGACGACUUCCUUUCAGCAACGCCAUUGCACGAAACGGUUUCGCCUCCUUUGAUGGAGUACCUCCUGGAACACGGCUUUCGGCUGUAUGUUAACAUUAGAGUACGUAAGCGGACUCCGUUACACGCUGUAGCUUGUCGUGACGUGGCGCUUCAUAAAUUUUGGUCUCACCGCGAGGAAGACCGGAGAGGCGGGGAACCUGCGUCCUCUUCUAUGCGGAACGGUGGGACAGCACACCUCCUCCAGGGGUCCUCCUCAAUUCCAUCCGUGGAGUUGAUGAAGGUGCUCCUUAAGUAUGACGCAGACCCAAAUAUUCGUGAUGACGAGGGAGAUACGCCGCUUCACUUCGUGGCGCGAAACUUUGUUGGCCAUCAGGGCCAUCUGGAAAAUCUCAAUCUCGUACGUCUUCUGUUAGAAGCAGGCGCAGAUAUCGAUGCUCGGAACUCUACAGGUGAGACACCUCUCCAUUGUGCUGCUCGCGUCGAGACCGUCCUGGAGCUUGUUCGUUUGGGGGCGGAUCCAACGAUUGCUGAUCACCAGGGUGUAACGAUCCUUCACAAUGCAUGGCGCUUCACUGGAGAUUGCGAACGCGUUGUUAAAACCCUUACUGAGCAUGGUGCAGAUGUCAAUGCUGCAGAUAAGCAAGGGUCCAGACCAUUGCACUAUGCAUGUCGUGGCUACGAGCAGGGUAGCCUAGGAUUAUCGCAGGUCGAGCGCUGGGCACGGAGUACGUGCUUUCAUCAAGGAACCCCUCCUUUAGGGCCGACUAUCCACGCUGCAUUCGAAAAUGCUCUGCCUAUCGUCAGGGCUUUGUUGGAUUGUCAUGCUGAUCUUCAUGCUCGGAAUAAGGCUGGGGACUCGGCUGUGAGAGUGGCGUCGAGACAUCCCUUUGGACGGGACGUGUUCAAGUUUUUAUGCGAGAGAGGAGCGGACAUAAGCGAGGUUCCGAGGCCUUGGUGGAAUUUUGACUGAUAGUCGAAGGAAGGGACGUUUGGGAUAUACAUGAGAUGGUAGACUCCAGAAGAAUAUGGGCCCGACUUUCGACGUUGCAACUUCAAGAUGCACAACGUGAUCUCUUGCCGACUGCAGGGAAGACCAUGAGUAUAGCUAUCCCUAACGCGAAGCGCAUACCAAUGCUGCACGAUACUUCCCGCUGUAUAACGUCUACUACUGAACUGUACGGUAGAACACCAAGAA